GCGCCGGCGGUUGCCAGGGCGGCGCUGCGCAGUAUUAUGGGAUGCGGCGGCGGAAUGGCGCGGGGCGCGUGAUUUUGAACAAACAGGGCGGCGAGUCGCGGGCGCUGCUGCUGCUACUGCUGCUGCCGCCGCUGCUGCUGCCGGGCGCGGUAGCGUGAGAGCGGGCCACGGGGCGCGGUGGUGGCGCGGGCCGCGCGGCGGCCGCGGUGGCGGCGGGGGGAGCAGCAGCAGGCGGCGGCAGCAGCGGAGGAGGAGGAGGAAAAGCGCCAGCCCGUACCUGCUCCUGUCGUUACUGCCACAACUGCUAAAAUGGAGGUGGUUUCAGCAGAAGUGAACAGCUUACUCCCCGAGGAAAUAAUGGACACUGGCAUAACUUUGGUGGAAGAUGACAGUAUUGAGGCAGUUAUUGUAUCGUCGCCUAUGGGAGAUUCUAUUCCCAUGGAAACAGAAUUGGAAGAAAUAGUGAACAUAAGCUCAACCAGUGAUUCGUCAGCAACGACUACGCCUGCCGUCACCACAGAACCAGUUACUGUGCCCAGCAAUCACUCAGGCGAAGUGACAGUGAAUACCACAACUGCAAAAACUGAUACUAAUGCAAUAGUAAAGCCUACCUUUCAAAGUGGCCUCCAUAAACUUGGUGCUCAGACCCCUGUUACUAUAUCAGCCAAUCAGAUUAUUUUGAACAAGACCGCUGACCUUAAAAUAGGCAAUCAGAGUAUUAAACCGGAUGGGCAAAAGCUCAUUGUAACAACUUUGGGCAAGUCUGGCCAACCCAUCGUUCUAGCACUACCCCACAGCCAGCUCCCCCAGGCGCAGAAAGCCACCUCCCAGGCCCAAGGUGGAGACGCCAAGGUACAAGGCCAGCAGAUCAAGGUUGUUAUUGGAGGGAGGUCAGAAGUGAAACCCGUUGUUGGCGUCUCAGCUUUGACGCAAGGAAGUCAGCUGAUAAAUACUGCAGCCCAGCCUUCUGUAUUGCAGACCCAGCAAUUAAAAACAGUACAGAUUGCAAAGAAGACCCGAACCCCAACCUCUGGCCCAGUGAUCACCAAGCUGAUCUUUGCAAAACCAAUCAAUAGCAAAGCUGUUACAGGGCAGACUACUCAAGUGUCACCGGUCAUUGCAGGUAGAGUUCUUUCUCAGUCUGCUCCAGGAACACCACCAAAGACAAUAACAAUCUCUGAGAGCGGAGUUAUUGGAUCAUCUCUAAGUACAACAGCGCAACAGACACCGAAUAAAAUAGCUAUCUCGCCGCUCAAAUCCCCUAAUAAGCAGCUAACAGUGGUGUCAGUGGCCUCGCAGCCUCCCAGCUCCCCCCAGAAGACGGUGGGCGUCCCCCUGAAUGUAGCUUUAGGACAGCAGAUCCUCACAGUGCAGCAGUCUGCACCCUCUUCCCCUGGGAAGGCCAUAGUCAACCAUACAACUGCACAGACAAGAAGGGAUGUGUGUGAGUGUAAACAAGCAGGGUGGAAAGAGCUGGGAGUGGGUGGAGUUGCGUGUACAGUGAAAGACAAGGCUGUGAAGUCAGCAGUGCAGACCAUUACUGUAGGAGGAGUGGGUACAUCUCAAUUUAAGACAAUUAUUCCCCUGGCAACUGCACCCAAUGUUCAGCAGAUCCAGGUGCCCGGAAGCAAGUUCCAUUAUGUCAGACUUGUCACUGCCACAACAGCCAACAGCUCAACCCCGUCUGCCAGUCAGAAUCCCAGUACGAAUACACAGCCCCUUCCACAAGCGAAGCCAGUGGUGGUGAAUGCGACCCCCGUGCGGAUGUCUGUUCCCAUUGUGCCAGCACAGACUGUAAAACAGGUGGUGCCCAAACCAAUCAACCCAACUUCCCAGAUAGUUACUACUAGUCAGCCCCAACAAAGACUUAUUAUGCCAGCCACUCCACUGCCGCAGAUACAGCCCAACCUCACUAACCUGCCCCCCGGCACGGUACUGGCACCAGCACCUGGUGCCGGAAACGUAGGCUAUGCAGUCCUUCCAGCUCAGUAUGUCACACAGCUACAGCAGUCGUCCUAUGUAUCUAUAGCAAGCAACACUGGCUUUACAGGGACAUCUGGAAUCCAGUCCCAAGCACGGCUACCGUUCAAUGGAAUAAUUCCCUCUGAAUCUGCAAACCGCCCCAGGAAGCCUUGCAAUUGUACAAAAUCUCUGUGUUUGAAACUGUAUUGCGAUUGUUUUGCAAAUGGUGAAUUCUGCAAUAACUGCAACUGUACAAAUUGUUACAACAACCUGGACCACGAAAAUGAUAGACAAAAAGCAAUAAAGGCCUGCCUGGACAGAAACCCUGAAGCCUUCAAGCCCAAAAUAGGGAAAGGAAAGGAAGGAGAAUCGGAUCGGCGACACAGCAAAGGGUGUAACUGUAAACGCUCGGGAUGUCUCAAAAACUACUGUGAAUGUUAUGAGGCAAAAAUCAUGUGUUCUUCCAUAUGUAAAUGCAUCGGCUGUAAAAAUUUUGAAGAAAGUCCAGAGCGAAAGACACUGAUGCAUUUAGCAGAUGCCGCAGAAGUUAGGGUCCAGCAGCAGACAGCUGCGAAGACUAAGCUGUCUUCCCAGAUCUCAGAUCUGCUGACGAGGCCAACACCAGCACUUAGCAGUGGUGGGGGAAAGCUGCCCUUCACGUUUGUAACCAAGGAGGUAGCUGAUGCAACCUGUGAAUGCCUUCUUGCACAGGCAGAGCAAGCGGAGAAGAUGGGCAAGUCGAAAGCUGCAGCGGAGCGCAUGAUCCUGGAGGAAUUUGGACGCUGUUUGAUGAGAGUUAUUAACUCUGCAGGCAAAUCCAAAAGUGACCCUUGUGCCAUGAACUGCUGACUCGUGCACAUGAGCUACAACAAAGUGGACUGAACAGAACAUUUAAGGCACAGGGACACUUUGGUUUGGGGCAGAGAAUUUAAUAAUAUUUGUUAAUUUGGUGCUUGUUUUAAAUUGAAUUGCGUAAGAUUGAAAUGAGAAAUUCUUUUAUAACAAGAUGUAGAGUCUUUUAAAUCUUAGCUAAAUCUUCUACUUAUGACGAUGCCUAAAGGUGAAUUUUUCUUCCUGAUGUUGUACAGCUUUUAACUAAGGUUUCCUAAAAGUUGAAUGUUUUCUUCCUGUUCCCCCCAAAAUAAUUGCCUAAAGGGCAUAUAUAAAUUAUUAUAAUAUAUAUUAUUUACAGUGUAUGAAGUUGCAUCACAUUGUGCAUAUAGGAAAACACAGAUGCUGACAACAAGCAGAUGACACUUUUGGCAACACACUCGUAAUACAGAGAGGUAUCAGUGUAUCCAAGUUGAUUCUGAAAGGAAGUGUGUAAAAAUGAACAUCUAAAUGGACAGUAGUAUCUGUAUUGAGGACCAGAUACAGCACGUUCCUUUAGUGUAUACAGCAGUGUGAAAUAUGCCGUCAGUAAUGCAGAAGGGUUGGUUACACAUUUAGCAGCGGGCAGGUGGUUAAGAAUCUCACUGAAGCAGGGCCCGAAGAGCUCUGGGGUAAAUAAUGCUUUUUUGCCUGUUUACUUUGGAUGAAAAAAAUCUUUGGGAGCUCCAGUGUUUCCUAAGCUGGAAUUUGGAGGCUAAGUGGCCUGUUUUCAAAAGCGAGAUAGGGCAGCCCUGCCAUGACGCUGGGCUGUCUGCCCAACAAUGUACAGUGUUAGCUUAAGUGACAAGCGGGUAGACGCUGUUGCUUGGGUAAAGCUUGGUGCUCAGAGGUCUUUAGCAGCCGCAUCUGUUAACGGAGGUAGGAGGACUUAGCAGUCCGUUACGUGUUCUAGAUCAAGCUGAUACCCUGGGGAUGUGUUGGAGCCCUAGAAGCUGGCGUAACGGGAUACGGUAGAACCACAGUUGUCCUGACGAGGAUUUGAGACAAUCUGCAUCCAAAUUGACCUGUGAACACAUGUAGAGAUCAUGUUCAGCGUGGUUCGUGGAUCGUCUCGAUGCUCCUUCUUUAUGUGUUGUCUUGUUGAUGAUUUAUUUGGUUUAAGGUUUUUAAGUGUUGUUUAAAAUGACCAUGAAAGCCGUGAUCAUACAAGGAUGCUAGCACAGAAUCAAGACUGCUACCAAAACAGACAUACUGAUCCUUUGGAGAAAGACAAAAAGGAAAAAAAAAAAAGAGAAGAAGAAAAAAUGAAAAAACAAAUCAACUAUAGCUGUGUAUAGACUAGAGUGGGGAAUUUUUUCAGUAUUUGUUACAGGCAAUCUCAGAUUACAUUUUUGAUAGUGGAACACAUUUACAAACUGAACCUGGUAAGUUAUUUACCUAAAAGUAGCAUAAUAACCAUGUUUAAUCCCAGGCAUUUUUAUUAACUGUCUUAGUGCUGCCUGAAGAAGAUUGCUAGGUUUUUGCAAAAGGGAUAUUUUGUAUUCCUUGUGUAACCGUAAAUACAGAGAUAAGCAGAGCUCUUCCUCUGGGUUUUUGAACAGGGCCAGGCUGGGAAAAGGUAAGCACUAGGUAAACCAGCAGCAGAGCCAAGUGCCUACGUGCGUGAUGGUGGCAGGAUGCUUCCGCUCUGUGGCUUCACCCCGUCCUGCGCACUGAGCGAAAGGCCCUUUCUUUAGCCUGUGUGUGGUGCCCUCAAAGAGCUUCCUGAGGCGCCGGGGAGCAGAUUUUAUCCUGCUGGUCACCAUCUGAAGAGCCCUGUCCUGUACUGGCAUCUCUGAGCAUAAAUAGCAAAUACACUUGCAAAUCUCUGAAAAGGGAAUCCAUCACUCAUUUAGGUAAUGCCAUUCUUUUUUUCAUAAUUAGAACUUGGAUUUAUUAAGUCAGUGCAGUAACUUUACAUGUAGAUAGUGCAGAUACUCAGUUUACUUUUAGUGACCUAAUAUAGUAUGUCCAGUAAGAUUUGUAUAAAUGUAAAUUAGUGUAAGUGAAUAAAGUAAUACCUACUUACGUUAUUUUUCAAACAGAUUGCAAUAUGCCUUCUUUUGUUUAGACUUCAGUCCAUGUUAAUUUUGUAUAUAUUCUGUGUCUUACUCUAAAUUGCACCUUUUGUGAUGUGUAUUUAUAUACAGUGUGCAAAAACACUUGUGAAAUUUAGAUUACAGUUGUAAUUAUGUAUGAUGGCAUUGCUUGAGAAUAUUUUGCUUGUAAAGACUUUGAAGGUGCAAUCAAAUGCUCUUAGUUCUUCUAUUUUGUUUUGAACAAGCUUUUUCAAACAUUAA